UAAUAUACUACAUAGCUCAGUGCGUUGUUACGAAUUUAACUAGAGGGAGUUGAUUCAACUACCGUUGAAACUAAAAAUGUUAAUAUCACACAUUUUUAAAUUAUUAAUUAUCAUCCAUCCCAUUUGCGGCUUCGUUUUCAAUGGUCGAUUUCGAUAUUUGGUAAAAGAAGUGACUUCUGUAUUUCUCGGAACUUAUAUACAUGAAACUAAAUGGUUGGAACAGAAGCUAGACCAUUUUGAUGAGAAAGAAAAUCGUAAAUGGAAUAUGCGUUAUUUUAAAAGAAACGAUUUUUGGAAACCAAAUGGUCCAGUUAUUUUAUUUAUAAGUGGCGAAUCCGAGGCAUCGCCCGGCUUUUUAUACGGGGGUAUGGCAUAUGAAUUGGCUAAGGAAACGAAUGGUGUUCUUUUUGCAUCGGAACACAGAUAUUAUGGAAAAAGUGUUCCCUUAAAAUUCACUAGUGUCGAUUAUUUUAAAUAUUUAAGCGCAAAGCAAGCUCUCGCCGACAAUGCACAUCUCAUACGUACAAUUAAAUCAAAUCCACUUUUUUCUAAAGCUAAAGUAGUCGUGGUUGGUGGUUCUUACGCCGGUAAUUUGGCAGCUUGGAUGAGGUUAUUGUACCCAGAAUUGGUAGACGCGGCAGUAGCAAGCAGUGCACCUGUUCUAGCAAAGAAAGAUUUUUACGAGUAUCUAGAAAAGGUAAACGACGUUUAUGAACAAUACGGCACUAAUAACUGCUUAGCUAGAAUAAAAGAUAAUUUCAAACGGUACGAAAAUUUACUUGAAACUCAAGAUGGCAUCGAAAAGCUAAAGAAGGAAGAGAAUAUUUGCCCCGAAAGUGAUAUGAGUAUACCAGAAAACAAACAACUGUUUUUCCUUUAUAAGGCGUCUGAUUUUAUGCAAAACGUGCAAUAUGGUCGCACUAUAGAUGUCAAAAAGGACUGUGAAACGAUGAAUGAAACCAAACAGAAAUCUCAAAAUAAUGACGAACCGAAUUUUUGGAGAACAGAAAAUCAAUGUAACGACUAUGAUUUCGACAGAAUGAUUGAUAUUUAUUACAAAAAUAAAACGAACGGGAUCGCUUGUUGGACUUACCAAACAUGUACUGAAUUUGGAUACUUUCAGAGUUCUAGUUCAAGUAAGCAACCUUUUACAAACAAUAUACCGGUAGAUUUAUACGUCAAGAUAUGUAUGAAAUCUUUUGGUAUUGAUUUCAAUGACGUUCGAGUUGAUAAUGGAAUAGAAAAAGUUAACAAUAUGUAUAAAGGUUUACAUCCGAAUGUAACAAAAGUUGUGUUUGUCAACGGGGACAUGGAUCCGUGGAGUAGGCUUGGAAUUUUAGAAGACAUAUCGUAUGAUGCUCCAGCUAUAAUUAUUCCUCGUGCUUCCCACUGUAGAGAUUUAGUUGCAAAUUAUAAGAAUAGCGAAGAAGAAUUAAAAGAAGCUAUCAAACAAAUAAAAUACUUGAUUAAGAAAUGGAUUGGUUUUGGAGAAUUUAUUUGA